AUGCUGGGAAGUUCGAUAGCUGUACUACUGCUGUUCUUGGGCAGUAUUCAUGCUGCUUGUACUCCGCCAAAUGGUACCGACACAAAAUUUAAUUGGUGGCAAUGCACUCCAAAUGAUCCUAUUAAAUACUACAAUUUAUCACUUCAGGAUAGCAGCGGAAAAGACAUCUACCCAAUUCGACUUCAGCAACCUUUCGUUGUGAAUGCCCUGAUUAACAAUACAGAUGGCCCUCUGAAUAACCUGACUACAAGUGUGAAAUUAUGGCAGUGGGUGCAACAGGGGAGUGAUUGCGUUUGGAGGGAAGUUCCGACACUCGGCGCUUUGAAUAAUCUGAUCAAAUGUGGUCAAGGAAUCAAAUGUCCGGUGGAAUCAGGCAGGCAGAAUCUGGAAAUCACCGUUGAUCUGCGCCCACUGUCAUUUGCCGCAGUCCUUUUGCCCGCUAGCGCUCCAUACAAAAUUGAGUACCAGAUUCGUGAAGGAAGCGCCGCCCAAGCGUCGUGCCUAACACUUGAAACACUCGUUAAUACACGCUAA